AGCUCAAACGAAAAUGCCACGGGUACGCGCGGCGCGAGCGGCGUGGUACGCCGGCGUGGAACUCGACGCGCAUCUCCGGCAGCGGGCCUGGCACUGGGCCGUGAAGAAGAACUACGCGCUCUCCGCAGAGUACUGCAUUCGCCUGUUAAACCGACACCCGCAGGAUACGCUGGGGCUGGUGUUGGGCGCGGUGGCGGGGCAGCGCACCAGGCAAGAUGUGUUUGCAGCGAAGUGCGCUGAGGCGCUGCAGGAGAGUUGCGCUCGCAAGUGUGUGUCCUCGACGGAGGCAUUGGUGCAGUUGACGCUGCCCACCACACCCGUGCCGUCAAGCAAGUCCGCUGCUGCCUCUCCGACGCUGCCCUCGGUGGAGGAGGUGCUGGCCUUGCGCCAGGAGGUGGCGGCGGCGGACGCGGCCGUGCGUGACGCCGGCGCCGCAGAGGAUGAGUCGAUCCGCGUCGACAGCGCGGAGCCGCUCGCUUCGACCCAACAAAGGGUACGACGAGCGUGUCUGCGCUGCGCGACGCCGCCACUGGCGGAGCUGCUCGAGCCGCAGGACACCACGUACGGCCGCGGCCUGUAUGCGACCCGUCUCAUCUCGUCCCGGCAAGCGAUCCUCGGCGAGUCGCCGCUGCUGGUGCAGCGGUAUGACGAAGCGAAGUGUGCUCACUGCCUCGCCCCCCUCUCUGCUCGCGUCGAUGCUCCGGGCGAUCGCGAUGCGCUUGGGGUGCCGUGCCCGCACUGCCAGGAGGAGACGUACUGCUCGGAGGGGUGUCGGGCCGCGGCGUGGUCGCAGUACCACGCAUGCAGCUGUGCGGCUCAGAAUGCGGAGCUCGCGCAGUGGAGCCGCGGCAUGCAGGAGUUGCUGCACCGCGGAAAGGUCGAGGACGGCGGCGGGGCCGCUGCGGGUGUCGCCGACUCCGGCUCGGAGGCCCGCGCUGCCCUCUCCUGCUUGGCGGUGGCAAAGAUCUGCGCCAUGGCCACCGUCCAGCAGGUGCACCCCCUCGCCAUGCCCGGCAUCUCGUCCCUGCGCGGCAUUGCGGACUACGAGCCAGCGACGGCCCUCAGCGAGAUCGGCGCCCUCGCCGUCGCCCUCAGCGCUGCCCUGCGCCAACCGAACCUGUUCAUGGAGGAGGUGCUGUCGCUGUUUGCGCUGCUGCAGACGAACGAGUUCUUCUCCACGAGCGGGUUGGCGCUUUACGCCGCGCUGAGUAUGGUGAAUCACAGCUGCGAUCCGAACUGCGCGCUGGUGAGUGGGAGCGGGCCCGCGCAGCGCGCAAAGCCGAUGGAGAAGUUCUUGGUGGCGCUGCGCCCGAUUCGGGAAGGGGAGCAGCUCUUCAUCGCCUACAACGCGGGACUGACGACGAAGCUGAGCUACGAAGACCGCAAGGCGCUCUGCGCACAGCGUCACUUCGAAUGCUUCUGUCCCCGCUGUCUUCGUCGCGAGUAG